AUGGGGUCUGAGCUACUCCUCUUCCUCCUCCUGACCCUCCUGGGCAGUUCACGUGGAACAGGGCCAAGUAUGACUUUGCAACUGAAGCUGAAGGAGUCUUUUCUGGUGAAUUCUUCCUAUGAUUCCACCUUCCCGGAAUUGCUUGCAAAGCUCUGCCUCCUCCUCCAUCUCCCAUCUGGGACCAACAUCACGCUCCAUCAUGCAGGACCCCCACACCGCAUCACAUGCAAAGUCUGA